AUAUAUAUAUAUAUAUAUAUAUAUAUAUAUAUAUAUAUAUAAUGAAAAGGAUUUUUAGUUUUAACUUCAGAGUAAAUGACAGUUCCAACUUCAUUAUUUGAUGUGAAUGACACCAAAUAAUAUUUACAUAGGUUUCAUUUCUCCCUACAUAAAUUCUACAGAAAGCGCAUAACGGUUGUAUAUUAUUUGUAUAAUGUACGCACUCUAUCUAAAUACACGGCUACUCCAUUGCCAUUGCCAUCCUUAGUAAUCCGUUACGAAAAGUAGUUCCACAGUACAAUUGACUUUUAUAUUGUAUUGUAAAUUUUGUAUAUAGUUCUCACUCAAUUGAUUUUGUGUGAAACUUUGUAAAGGAAUAGGGUUGAUGGAGCAUGGUAUCGCCAUAAGUAAACUAUUGUAACAGAACCACACUUUAAUCUGUUAUGGUUUGUGCGGAUUGCAAGAUGUUGCAGAUUUACGUGUUCAUUUUUGCCUUCAUGGCUAUGAUUAGUGGUUCUGUAUCUCAAUUUGAUGUGUGUGAUGCAAAUGAAUUCCAGUGCAACAACCGAUAUUGUGUCCAAUUGUCAUGGGUUUGUGAUUAUUUUAACGAUUGUGGAGAUGGCUCUGAUGAAAACAAUUGCGGAUUUUCUUCUUGCAGCUCAGCGGAGUUUACAUGUGGAAGUGGCCGCUGUCUACCAUUAGCCGUGCAGUGUGAUGGAAACAAUGAUUGCAGAGAUAACUCAGAUGAAGUCAAUUGUGGUACUAUCACAUGUGGACCUUUUGAUCAUGUGUGUUCUGAUGGAAGCUGUGUCUCCAGAGACAAAAUUUGUGAUGACCUGAGUGAUUGUGUUGACCUAACAGAUGAACACAAUUGUGGCAUUAAUGAGUGUAACGCUACCGUAAGUCCAUGUCAGAAUAUUUGUAUCGAUACACCAAACUCAUAUCAGUGUGGUUGUGAGAGUGGAUACAAACUGAAGCAAGAUGGUAUUAGUUGCGAAGAUAUCAAUGAAUGUGUGGAUGAACCAUGGCUUUGUAGUCAGACUUGUAUUAAUUUAGUUCCAUCUUAUAGAUGUGAAUGUGUUCCAGGCUAUGAAUUGAAAACUUCAGGAAGCUGUAUCCAUAGUGAUGAUACGGAGCCGUACCUGUUAUUCAGUAACUAUCACUAUAUUCGUCGAGUUGACCUUAAUGGAGAGAACGACCAACUGCUGUCACAGGGCUUCUACCUUGUUUCCGCCAUGGAUUUUGAUUUAGUCGGUGGGCAUAUUUACUGCAUUGACUACUUGCAAAACCAAAUAAUGCGUUUGAUGUUAAAUGGCUCAGACCCACAAACAAUAAUUUCGCAAGAUAUUGAUGAGGGUGAAGGACUAGCAAUUGAUUGGGUUGGCAGGAAAAUAUAUUGGACUGAUGGUGGUCGAAAAGUAAUAGAUGUUGCUAAUUUAGAUGGGUCGUCAAGAAAGACUCUCAUACAACAAAACCUCUUUGAACCCAGGGGAAUAACGUUGGAUCCAAGGAAUGGGUACCUCUAUUGGUCUGAUUGGGGAUUAAGACCAUACAUUGGAAGAGCAGGUAUGGACGGAUCAAAUCCAAUUGAGUUUCAAAAUGAUCUUGUUGGCUGGCCAAACGGACUUACAAUUUGCUAUGCAACUAAUAAACUCUACUGGGUCGAUGCUCAUCUCGAUCAUAUUGUCUAUUCAAAUUUGAAUGGAAGUGGUAUUACAAUACUUCUUGAAGAGGGGGUUGGUCAUCCAUUUGCUGUGACUGUUUUUGAAGAUUACCUAUAUUGGACUGAUUGGAAUUUAAUGACUAUUAAUAAGGCAAACAAAUUGAGCGGACGACAAGCGGAGGUCUUAGACACUUUAAUACAACGACCAUUUGACAUACACGUGGUGCAUCCUCUCAGACAAGAUGCAACUAUCAUUAACCCAUGUGAUGUAAAUAAUGGUGGAUGCAGUCACCUAUGCCUUCUCACCCCAUCCAACAUUCAAGGAGUUACAAACUUUUCGUGCGCAUGUCCAAAUAACUUUGAGUUGAAGUCUGAUGGAAAAAAUUGUGAGGCACAAUGCACUAAUCAGCAGUUUAAAUGCGCUGACAAUGACAAAUGUAUACCUUUCUACUGGAAGUGUGAUGGUGAAGGAGACUGCAGAGACGGCUCCGAUGAAAAUAUAACUUGUUCGUAUCGAUCUUGUAUGUCCGGUUUGUUCCAAUGUGAUAAUGGAGAAUGUACUUUUCCUGCCUUCUUAUGUGAUGGUGAUAAUGAUUGUGGCGAUAAUUCAGAUGAGAACCAUUGUUCAACUACUGAAUGUAGCCCAUGGGAAUUCCGCUGUGACAAUGGACAAUGUAUUAACCAGCAAGACGUGUGCCAACUAGAAGCGCAUUGUGCUGAUGGAUCUGAUGAACACGCGAAUACAUGCAGUAACAAUAAUUGUUCGCUUGGAUACUUCCAGUGUGCCAAUGGCUACUGCAUUCCAGAUGCAUGGUUCUGUGAUCUUGAUGAUGAUUGUGGUGAUAGCAGCGACGAGCCUCCCGAUCAGUGCCAGACUGUGACGUGCGCUCCUGGAUGGUUUCCGUGUUCGGAUAGUUACCGUUGUAUCCCAGAAUACGCUGUAUGUGAUGGCAACUACAAUUGUCGAAUUGAUAUAUCUGAUGAACAGAGCAGCUUGUGUGAAAGUCGAACAUGUAGUUCGGAUGAGUUCCGUUGUUAUAAUAACAGAUGCAUCCCUCUGCGAUGGCAAUGCGACUCUGACAAUGAUUGUGGAGAUAGAUCAGAUGAAGUUGGCUGUUCUCCCAGAAAUUGCAGUGAGAGUGAAUUUAAAUGUAUGUCGGGGUUGUGCAUUCCCUGGCAUUACGUUUGUGACUUAGAUUUCGAUUGUUUUUUUGGAGAAGAUGAGCAGAUGUGCAACACCACAGCAUGUGAUGAAGGCAAUUUCCGGUGCAUGACUGGACACUGUAUAAUAGGGGCAUACAAAUGCGAUGGCUACGUCGAUUGCUUUGGGGGUGAAGAUGAGAUAAAUUGUGGGCCAGUUGACUGUGAAGACUAUGAGUUUCGAUGCACCAACACCGAUAUAUGUAUUCCUCAAACAUUUACAUGUGAUGGAGAUAAUGACUGUGGAGAUGAAUCUGAUGAACAAGAUUGCGAUAAAUGUCCAACAGACAAGUUCAUGUGUUCUUCAUCUGGGUUAUGUAUACAUACCAUUUUAAUGUGCAAUGGUUUUGAAGAUUGUGUCGAUGGCUCUGAUGAAACAGAUAAGUCAUGCACUCCGCUUCCAGAAAUGUGUGAAUCAGAUGAAUUCAAAUGCGAGAACUUGCGAUGUAUUCCAGUUACCUACGUCUGUGAUACCUUUGAUGAUUGUAACGAUAAUACAGAUGAGUAUGGUUGCCACAAGAACAGCACAUGUGCUUCAGAAGCAGCUAAGUGUGAACAGAUCUGCACAGACAUAGACGGCGGAUUUGCUUGCUCCUGUGGAGAUGGAUUUAUACUAAGAAAAGAUGAUAAAAUGUCUUGUGCUGAUUACAAUGAGUGUGAUGACAAUCCAUGUCACCAGGUGUGUGUGAAUACCAAAGGUAACUACACAUGCCGAUGUGCUUCAGGAUACGUUGAUGCAAGUAGUGACGGCACAGAUUGUAAGCCAGAAAGUGGGGAUGAGUAUCUUAUAUAUACAGACGGACCUUACAUAAAUCAAUACUACUUCCAAAAACAAGAAAUAUAUCAAUUUGUAAGCAACCAACAAAGAAUAGAAGAUUUGGAUUAUGAUUUAACAGUCAAUAAACUUUAUUGGAUCGAUUCCGGAAGUAUUACCUUGAAACGAGCUAAUUUAUCUGGUGAUAAUCCGAGCAGGGUUCAAGUGAUAAAUGCAACUUUGUUUCGGCCUAGAGGAUUAGCGUGUGACUGGGUAGCUGGGAAUAUAUACUGGACUGAUUGGGGAGAUCCAAUGACUCUUGCAACCCGCAGACGACGUGCUCUGGGUUUUAACCCAAGUAUCACUGUUGCCAACAGAGAUGGCAACUAUCCUAGAAUUCUAAUAGAUACCUACCUUGAGAAACCAUUCUCUAUUGUGGUUAAUCCUAGAAAAGGGCUCAUGUAUUGGGUGGAUCAGGGAGAAUUUCCUAAAAUCGAGGCAGCCUGGAUGAAUGGAGAGAACCGAGAAGAACUUGUAACUCGUGACCUAAUUGAGCCUACUGGUUUAACUAUUGACUUUGCAAAUUACGACACAGUCUACUUUGCUGACCAAAAGGAAGACUUGAUUUACUCAAUGAAUUUCGAUGGCAGUAAUGUCAAGCGUAUAAAGGGUGGAGUCUUACUAAGUCCAUAUCAUCUUGAAGUGUUUGGAAACAAAUUGUAUUGGUCAACUAGUUCCUUGAAAGAUGUUGGAAAGAUAUUAAGUUCACCUAAGCUAAAUAAUGAGAUAAAUACCACGGUGAAUAAUAUUGUUCGGCAUUCUGCACUGAAGAUGUACAACCUUAAUCGAUACCCUGAUUCUCCAAAUCCAUGCUUGAACAGCGGAUGUAGCCACCUGUGCCUAAUAGUUCCAUUCGAUAGCGGUGUCUAUAAUUUCAGUGGUUACCAAUGUAGGUGUGGAGAGGACUAUGGAUCAACCGAUGGAUAUACCUGCCUGCAAGGAGUCAGCGAAUGUGAUUCCAACCCCUGUCAGAAUGAUGGAACAUGCUCCAGAACCACCACUGGCGGAUACUCUUGCUUAUGCCCGUUUGAUUUUGAUGGCAAAAAUUGUGAAAAUGCAAUCGACAACUGUUUUUCAAAUCCGUGUAUUAAUGGAGGAUUAUGUCAAAAUACUAACACAGGCUUCAGGUGCCUUUGCCUAAGGUCAUACACUGGUGAACGUUGUGAAACAGAAGCUGAUUUGUGUAGGCCUGCCACCAACCCCUGUCUAAAUAACGGAACAUGCAUUCGUACCGCAACCCGCUACAGAUGUAUAUGUGCCCCUGGUUAUUUUGGCUUUAUUUGUCGAAAUUUUACUGGUUCCACCCCAGGAUCGACAAUGAAACCAAUGCUUACAACUAACACUAAAGGGAACACAAACACAAAUAAAAAUAACGAAAAUAGUGAUGUGGUUCCAAUCCUUGCAACUUUUCUUGUACUGGCUGCAGUUGUCAUCCUUGUCUGCUGCUUCCUUCUCUUAAUGUCAAUGCGAAAACAGAAGAAACUGAACAUGACACCUGCUGUGAGCUACAGGAUGGGUAGCGAUCAACUGACACUAGAUACAGUGCCAAUUAGUAAUGAUGCAGAGAAUAUUGGAGUAGAAAAUCCAACUUUUAUGGUAACUGGUGGAGCUGUUAGUACCGAGGUUGAUGAUGAUAUCAAGAAGGUUCCAAUUGAUGAUCUAGAGGAAUAUGUCGGCAUACCACCUCUUAAAGCUACAGAACCGGAGAAGUUUCCUCCUUCUUAUUCUUAGUUUGUGAUAUUUAAUAUCGAAAUGUCUGAAAAGGGUUUAUAUGAAUUAUCAAAUUGCAGUGAAGUAAACAAAAAUCUUUUUUUAAGGGUCUCAGUUAACUAACACAAUACUAAAACCGGAAAUACUACGACGUAUAGAUUGUAAAUUUCCGAACUCUAUGUCAAAUUUUUCUAUCGUUAAAGUAGUCUAAUUAUACGAUUUGAUAUUAAUAAAUGGUGAUUGAGCAUUCAUGGAUCAAAAAUUUACAACUAUAUAAAUGUUGGAAAUAUUAAGUAACAGUUGAACAAACAAAAUACUGCAUAUAAUUAUAAGAUAGGCUAAAUGUAAAGGUAGAAGAAUGAUUUAUAACUUGCAAAGUCAUUGUGUCGAAAUGCCGUAAAGAGGCGCUUCAGUUACCUCAUGUUCACAUCAUUCCAUAACGACAGGGGCUGAAAUAAACCAUUUAUAAUGGUGCCCACCUCUUCUCCCUACUCUUCCGAAAGAUGCACGCAAGCCACAUGUGUACACUUGACCUCCUUGAUUCCACCACCCGAACCCUGGGCGAGGUGGAUAUCAAUCGGUAGCAUCCCCACAUAGUUUCCGAUUCAACAAUUUGAGAACUAGGUGCCUAUUGGUUCUAUACAUUAUUAUUUAUUCUAGUAUUUUGGGAUUCAUUGUUAAUUAUGUUAUUUAUAGACUUUUUAGCCAACAACUGAUUUAGACGUCAUGAGCAGUAAGUUAAAGAAUUGCCUGCGGCAAAAGGUGGAAGGAGGAUUAUUUCAUAUAAAUAAUUGAUUUUUAGGUAGGCCUAUCGCAUACUAUUGUCAUGAGAGUGUCACGUAAUGUGAAUGUAUACAGUUGUGAUCUCAUUAUUUCAGUUUGUACAAAACGUACAACACUCCAUGUACAGUAUACAUAAUACGCAGAUGAAAAAUAAUAAAAUAAUCAAGUUUAAGUCUAAAAUAAACAAAUUAGUACCAAGAAUAUAGGCCUAGAAUUGCAAGAGGUCCGACUACCAUUAUUUUGAAACGUUCUUUCUUAUAGGUACCGGUACGUUCUUUUGAAAGACGCCCUCUAGUUUGUGGUAGUACAGUAUAUUUUGAGAUUCGGACAUCUAGCAGUUCUGUAUUUGUUAGUAUUCAUCAGGGAACAGUGAACUCACUGUUUCCUGGUAUUUAUAAUGUUAGUUCUUUCUUUGUAACAAUCCAAAUUCAGCUUACUUUACACAUUAUUUGUUAACAUACUGAUACGAUGGAAAGGUAUAAUGAAAGUAUCAAUGGAGUCUUCAGCCAGCACAAAGGUGUGUAAUUUACACAAUCAGGCCCGUAACCAGUUUCCUACUGUAGUUAUACUUUAUCAUAACAUUGUUUAUUAAAUGAACACUUUUGAGUUAAA